AUGUCCAACAGGUUCACCACUUCUCAUAAUACGCGCAGGUUCAACAAUGCUAUAUCGCAGACAACUCGCCCCUUAUCUUACCUUAAUGAGACUCAGUCGGAACCUCAUAACAAACGUAGCAAGUCGACGUCAACGACAUCGGGAUUCCAGGAACCAAGUGAACGAAAGGCGAAAAAGCCCCGCCAGACUCUGAACCUUCGUACUCAUGACGGACCUUCUCCGGCUGACCUUGCGCGGUCUGCGCGAUUACAAGCUGGCCUGGCGGUUGCCAAUCGAAAGCCGGUUUUGGACGUAGUGCCAGAAGAGGCUGACGGUUGGAACGACGAUGCUCAACUCUGGACACAUGAACCAAUUGAUCGCGCUGAAGCCAGUGCAACUGCAGUUCAUGGAGUCAAUCAGUCUCAGGCUCGUGUCGACGCCAUACAAACCCCAUCAAGCUUGUCCGGACCGCAGGAGUUCGAACCGGUGGAGCAAGAUGGCUUAGCGUCUUGGACAGGCAUGCCUUUGCCCCCCUCGAAUUCUUCCCACGCCGAUUCCACUGGACCGGAGCCCUCGGCACCGCCUCUGCCGCGAACCUCUCAGGGCAUGACCGCGGCUGACUACUAUCGCAUAUUCACCAACGAGAACCUUGCUCGCACCAGAACCAGCGCGAUUCUGCGCCGCUGCCGUCCGCCGGCUCCAUCCUGUCGUCGAUACCGCGACCUGGUCGGUUGGUGGAACGGCAAGUUUCAUCAAAAAGCUUGGUUGCGAGACGCUGGUGUCGCUAUCGUGCUAUGCGAACAGGCAGAUCUCUUCCUUGGCAAGUUCUGUCCCUCCAGCACCCGUCACGCCGGCCUUCCACCUGGGUUUGACGACCUUGAUCCUCCCGGGUAUUGUGACAGCAAAGCCGCGCCUGUGGAGCUGUACGAUGAAGCGGACGUGGAGAACGAGUUUCCCCCAUCUACGUCGGAUUCUUGGAAUGAAGAUGCCGACGUCGACGACGAGGUCUUGGCUGGUGCUGUUGAACAGACGGGCGAUGAAGCGGACAUUGAAAGCCGGGCUCCUCAAGUCGCCGACGAGGCUGAUGCAAGCGCCGCCCACGGCGUCAGGGGGUCUCUUGGGUCGAGAGGCAUGGGAACAUACCCAGGACGCGAUCAUCGGGGACUGAAGGUUAUGGUGAUCACAGAUGUCACGCAUGUGCACGGAAUAGGCGUCCAAUUUUGCCAGUGCCGGGGAGCGCCUCCCCGUGACGAGCAACUUCUGGAGUACGGCAUCUACCCGGCGAGCUCGGAUCGCCCUGCGACUGGUUUUACUCUGAAUAAUCUGGACUAUCUCCGCAUGGAUGAGAUAGAAUGCAAGACCGCCCCCGAUUCAUACACGAAGAAGCUAAGACGGCUCACAAAUCCUCAUGACUGGAGAGCUAAUCGUUAUCCUGAGACGCUGCGCUGCAACCGCGAGUAUCGAGCCUGUCGCGCACUCAUCCAGCACGGAUUCGCUUACCAAGUCCUGGAACAAUGGGUCGAUCCAGGACCUGGUGAUCUUAUGUACCGUUGCGUAGCCUGUCCACGACCCAGCGGCCCGCUUCGCAAUAUGCCUGAACACUGGGAGCGCAGCCCAUAUGCUUGGGGUUACCAGUAUACGUGGAAUAUCGACGGUAACUUCGAAGCCCAACAUACGGCGUCUCGAUCCACCGAGAAUAAUGUCUAUCUUUUUCCUGGGACGGCGAUGUUUAACCAUCCUGAGGAUGAACUCGUAGUCCUGCGUGACGCUGUUGACGAUGCGGGACUUCCGGAUGAGCAGCGAAGGGCUCACGUUGAAUGUCACGACCAUAAAGCGGCUUCCGCCUUGGGGAAAUCAAGGAAUUCGGUAAUGGACAUACGCGGCAUAGGCACUAUAUGUUGCGCGCGUCACGGAUGCCUAGCUGCCGGUGGAACGAACGAUUUCGAAUGCGGCGAAUCCUUUCCGCCCGUCGAUCUUUGUCUCAGCAGAGUCUGGCUGAACGAGUGUGACUUCGACUUCAUCAAACGCCAGCUACUUCUGUACGAUAUCUGGUGCAGGUAUGGAGUCAAUCUCAAGGCCCGCUUCGAAGCCAACGGAUACUCCUGGCCGGAGGCCGUUCAGUUGCUGCAGGGAAUUGGAGUCUGGCACGUCUAUGGUCAUAAGCCGGAAUGCAAUUCGCGUUAUUCGCCUGUCUACGCUUACCGCAGCGGCAUUGUGGACGGUGAGAUCGUUGAGACCCUUUGGUCUCUACUGAACCGCAUAUUAUCCUCCUGUAGAGGCAUGUCGCUGGGCAACAGAAGGGAGACUAUUGAGGCUGCCAUGAAUGACAUCAACUUCAAGAAGACCGUCGGCAUGAUCGAUACUCUGGCGCGCAAGUGGAAGCGAUACACGAAGUCCUUUCCCAAGCGAUUGCAGACGCUGGAGCAGCUGAAUGAGGUCACGCUGACCGACGAUCGUGACCGCUGGGAACUCACGCGACGCCAAUUUGAAGCGUUACGCAUAUCCGAUCCUGCGCAGGUCGAUGGAAUGCUGGAUCAUCCCGAUAAUCCGCCUGACAUGAAGAACAUCAAGUUCGAGAUCAUAGCAGAGGCAGGUCCCAAGCCUGACGACAUUAAUCUUGCAAAGGCCAUAAUUGACGCCCAUGAUAUCCUGAUUGAGAAGCUAAGGUUUCAGUCACGCGCAAAACCAAAUUCACUCACCGAGGAGGACGUGUACGGGCUGGCUUUGCGCCGCGGUCGUCUCAAGAAACGUAUCACUGCAAGUAACAAACUGAUGUCACGCUUACUUCCGAGGAGACCGGGUUACGAUUGGUCCGAGAGCACUGAACGUGACGAUGUAACGGGCGAAGAGGUAGAUCCCCGCGUCGGAGCCGCGGCGGAUGGAGGCGCGACCGGACCGUACGCUUUGCGAGCCAACGCUGAGAAUCUCGCCGUCGAUAUACCGUCAGCGCGUCUUCGAGCUCCGGAUGUUGAGCAUACGCCGUCGGAAAAAGUUGCGAUCGCGCUGGAGUUACGCCUGAACACUGCGGCUAUGGACGUCGCACUAAGUGACCUUCGUCGCGGGCUGGUGGAGCAGGCAUAUAUCUUUCGCUGCGAUAUACGACAGUCUGCUAGUAGCGGGAAUGUCAAGCUGGGCUACGAUGCGGCGAAAAAGGCGCGUGAACACGCCCGCGCCUCAGCCGCUCUCAAUCAGUCAUAUGCGGACACAUAUCGGUCUCUGCGGCAACGCUGUGCCGAACUACAUCUUGACAAAACUUCCCGUCUGGGACGCGUGGCGUGGGAGUCCUUCUGCGAACGGUAUCGACCGUUGUCAGCAAAGGACAUUGAAUGCAAUACUGCUACGUACGACGUCAAAGACCACAGUGGCGGCCUCGACCUCCCUUGGUUCUGGAAGCUCGAUCGCAGGCCUGGUCACGAAGCAGAUGACGAUGAAUACAUCGCCGAUUUCUUCAGGGUCCGUUGGAUCGAGGCGCGCUCGGCGUACAUGCGUUGCGCGGAAGAGCUUGUGAAAUUACAGCAAGAGAUGGACAUGACCUACCUCGGUUAUCAUGCGAGAGCCGAAGUUUGGCUUGGGAAAGCCGAGUACUUGCGAAAAUGCGGGGCUGCAUACGAGGGACACGCGGCGUCCGCGUAUGAGAUGGAGAAUAUGUGGCGUUCUCUGGCUGAACGAGCGGAGCGCGUGUUUUUGAGCCUAGCUCCUUCCCUACCAAAGGUACCGGUAAAUGAUUAUUAG